UUCAUUGUAUCGUAAUUAUCAAUUAUCUAUAUUUCUUCAUAAAUUUGGCAAUAAAUACACUAGUUCACCAUUAAACUGAAAUUGGAAACAAAAUAAAAACUAAUAUUCCUGAAAAACGAAAUUUAAUUUCAAAUAGUUUUGUUCAAAAUACCAUAGCUUAUUUUCUGAUUAUAAUUACUAGUAUAUAAAUUGUAUCCCAUAAGAAAACCACAAGGGGAAAUGUUUCUACACUAAAACACAUAGGCUUACCUUGAACAACAUCAAUUUCUUUGUUAAAAUGCAUUAAGUUGUAAUAUAAUUCCCAUAAGAACAAAUACGAAACUAAUUUAUUCGAAAAAAAACCAAAAAACAAAAGAUGUGACUAAAUUAGCUGACUGCUUGUAAUUGAAUAUGUAUUAAAACAGAUACAACUCGAUUUACCUGAAGUGAAAAAAAUAUGGAAUAUAAGAUUGCAAAUUAAUUUUCCUGGGAAUAAAGGCGUUGCUAACGGACAUGAAGUGAACAGGUGAUUGUGUUAGGAUUAACUUUAUGAUUAAGACAAGUCGUAGACAUAAGCACUCUCCAAGCUAGGAAUUGACUUUGAUGGGGAAUCGAUACAAGUUUUUUUCUUAUCUUAAGAGGAAAGUCAAAUCUCCAAACAGUCUUUAACAAGCAAAAAGAUGAUAUUUUGUAACUAAAAUGAGUUUAGGAUUUACAGUUUAAUGUGAAUUGAAUGUGAUGCUCGAAUAAGGAUGAAAUUCUUGUGUUGUAAUAAAAUUUACCGAAAAAGAGAUUGGAAAACUUUAACGGCAUAGUGUAUUUCUAGAACAAAGCAUUAAGACGUGAUUUAGAUAGUGUUGCUUAUAACGACAGAAGCAUAUGCGUGUGAAAUUGAAAAUUUAAAAAUUGGAAGAAAAAAACACAUAACAAAUGGAUUUGUUGUUAUUGAGGAGAGAAUUGGAGGAAUUCGACAUAGAGAGCUUUACCUAAAUUAAUGUCGUAAAAUUUGAUAUAUCACGUGCUUAUAGAUUGUUCUAAUACAAAUCGCUCUUCUUUUCGUGUUGAUUUUUAAACUUGUGCACAGGCACUAUCUAAUACUUGUUAGGAAUCAUUUAAAAUUUUGAUGUGAAAUUGACAAAAUGAAAUGGGAUUCAAUUGCGUUAAAUGAUUAAGUGGUUUAGAUUAUCAUGUUCCGUUGAUAAUAUGAUGAAGUAUAAAUCGAUUUGGAGGUAAUGCAACUUGAGUUUUGAUACAGAUUUCUAUAUAAACAUGUAAUUACUUUAUCACUCUUCAUUGUUUAAGUGUCAAGAAAAAAAUACUUUAAUUAAAGGAAAUUGCAGAAUAAUUGAAGUAUUAAAAUGAAAUAUGCAUUGAAUGAGCUCAAAACGUCACCAGGAAGAGUAUUGAUAUGAAAAUAAUUUAUAAUUUCCUAAAUAAACCAACUGAAUUGGCUUAUUUGAUUUUGCGGAAUUAGUUUGUGAAAGCAUAUAUUAAAUGCAUAUUAAAGAAACAUUCAACGAAUAGUUUUAAGAAUGUACCUCAAAAUGGAAACAAAUAUGUUGCCUUUUAUUUUCAAUAUUUUACUCAUUGCUCAACAUGUAGAAUGUGAAGCUGUUCUGGCUAAGAUUGCUACUAUACUACCAUCUGACGAGAAAAGACUUUUUGCAAUCUCAAAAAUAAGCAUUGCAAUUGAUAUUGCACAAUCGAAAAUAAAAACUUAUAAUUUCGGAGAACGAAAUAUUACAUUCAACGUCAGUUACGCUGACUCUCAAUGUUCCGAUGCUCAUGGCAUGAACCAAGCAAUCAAAAUGUACAUGAAGAAAAUGGUUCAUGUAUUUUUUGGUCCGAACUGUGAUUAUUCCGUAGCACCUGUUGCAAGACAAGUAACGUUUUGGAAUUUACCGUUAAUAUCCGGUGGUGCUAUGGCGCGUAAUUUCAAAAACAAAAAUGCGGAUUUCCCUCUUUUAACACGUGCUGGGCCUACUAACUUUAACAAAUUAUCAAAUUUCAUUGUGGAUAUGUUUGCAUUCAUGAGGUGGAAAAGCGGAUAUAUUAUUUAUUAUCGAAAUGAACAAAAGGGUGUUUUAGAGGAGUUCUGUAACCUCUUUGCGACAUCUUUACACUAUGAAACCAACUAUGAAUAUUAUAAAAUGGAAGAUGUUUUAGACGAAAGAAAAAUUUUAGUAGAAAAAAUUGGAAUAAACAAUGGGGGUAAGUGUUUCUUCAUAAAAGUACAAGUAAAGGUAGUAAACUAG